CCUUGUUUAUUGGAGAAUUUUAAAGUUUAACAACUGAUCGCGUGUUUACUAUUUGUGAAAACUAUUUAAGUACAUACACUGAAAAUACAAAAAUGUACAAGUGACGAUGGAUUGUACAGCAAUAUCUUUGUUAUUUGUCUACUUGUAUCUGCCUACAGACAUUGACAUCUUGCUGAUUGUUGGUAUGAUACUGAUUGUUAGUUCAAUCGUCAUGCUGUUGGUGAUAAUCUUGUUUAUUUCCUUUAUUAGAAGACGCAGAAGGCGAAGGUCAACUAAAAAUUCUGCACAACAUCAGAAUAUUGAAGAUGCUACAGUGUCAUACAGAGUGAGCAAGGAACGGGAAACGACUAAGCAGGAAGAUCAGCACACGAAUGACACGUUUAACGAAUAUGGCAUUGACAGCAGACCGGAAUCCGACUAUGAAAAACAUAACCGACUCUGAAAAUGUUGAUAAGUAAUUUAACUGUGUGGAACACUUUAGAAACUUAAAAUAUGAAAACAUACUGGGGAAACUGCUACAUACAUGCACUUACCAUUCUAUCAUAAUGUAACCGUAUAUUUUAUCAAAGUAGCAAAAUUUUAUUUUAAUGUAAUUUAAAGAGAUUAUCGGAUAUUUUUUCACUAUAAACAUUAUGAAGAUGCGCAUAGCAUAACACAGAAAAAAAUAGCGAAACGUGCACUUAAACCAUAACAAAACAUGUUUGGAAUAGGCCUGUUUGUGUAAUAUGUAAAUUUUAUAUUUCAUAUAAUUCAUAAUAAGAAAUUCGUCACGAAUGAAUUAUUCCGUUA